GACCCGCCCGCCGUCAGCUUAGGUUGAGGCACCCUGCGUGUGUCUAUAACUUUGUGCUGCUGCCGCGGCCGCCCUGCUCGUGUAAGGGAGGAGGAGGAGGAAUGUGGAAGGCGGCGGCGCGCAGGCUGACAGGCGUUUCCUCAGGCGGGCUGCGGCGGCAGCCGGAGCGCCUCUCCUUCGCCGAGGUUGCGCGCCCCCUCCUCGCCGUGCCCCGGGCCCGCGCGGGAUUGUGCGUCCUCCCCACUCGUCCCUGAAGGGAAGGAACUGAGGCGGCGGCAGUAGCGGCAGCGGCUCCCGGGAGCCCGAGCCUUCGCGGCGCCCCCGUCCCUCCCCCGCCGCACCCCGCCCCGGCGCUAGAGGAGAGCGCGAGAGCCCGAGCCGCGGGCGGGCGGGCGGGCGGGCGGCGAAGAUGGCAGAGGCACCGGCCUCCCCGGCCCCGCUCUCUCCGCUCGAAGUGGAGCUGGACCCGGAGUUCGAGCCCCAGAGCCGGCCGCGCUCCUGUACGUGGCCCCUGCAGAGGCCAGAGCUCCAGGGGAGCCCGGCCAAGCCCUCAGGGGAGACGGCCGCCGAUUCCAUGAUCCCCGAAGAGGAGGACGAUGAAGACGACGAGGACGGUAGCGGUAGGGCCAGCUCGGCCAUGGCGAUCGGCGGCGGCGGGAGCGGCACGCUGGGCUCCGGGCUGCUCCUUGAAGACUCGGCCCGGCUGCUGGCUCCUGGAGGGCAGGACUCCGGGUCCGGGCCAGCCCUCGCGGCGGGCGCGCUGAGCGGGGGGACGCAGACGCCGCUGCAGCCUCAGCAGCCACUGCCACCGCCGCAGCCGGGGGCGGCUGGGGGCUCCGGGCAGCCGAGGAAAUGCUCGUCGCGGCGGAACGCCUGGGGAAACCUAUCCUACGCCGACCUGAUCACUCGCGCCAUCGAGAGCUCCCCGGACAAACGGCUCACUCUGUCCCAGAUCUACGAGUGGAUGGUGCGCUGCGUGCCCUACUUCAAGGAUAAGGGCGAUAGCAACAGCUCGGCCGGGUGGAAGAACUCUAUUCGGCACAACCUGUCACUGCACAGCCGUUUCAUGCGGGUCCAGAAUGAGGGGACUGGCAAGAGCUCUUGGUGGAUCAUCAACCCUGAUGGGGGGAAGAGCGGGAAGGCACCCCGGCGGCGGGCUGUCUCCAUGGACAACAGCAACAAGUAUACCAAGAGUCGUGGCCGUGCAGCCAAGAAGAAGGCAGCCCUGCAGACAGCCCCCGAGUCAGCAGAUGACAGUCCUUCCCAGCUCUCCAAGUGGCCUGGUAGCCCCACGUCACGCAGCAGUGACGAGCUGGAUGCGUGGACCGACUUCCGCUCACGCACCAAUUCCAAUGCCAGCACGGUCAGUGGCCGCCUGUCACCCAUCUUGGCAAGCACGGAGUUGGAUGACGUCCAGGAUGAUGAUGCACCGCUCUCCCCCAUGCUCUACAGCAGCUCAGCUAGCCUGUCACCCUCUGUAAGUAAGCCAUGCACCGUGGAGCUACCACGGCUGACCGACAUGGCGGGCACCAUGAAUCUGAAUGAUGGGCUCUCUGACAACCUCAUGGAUGACCUGCUGGAUAACAUCACACUCCCAUCGUCCCAGCCAUCGCCCACCGGAGGGCUCAUGCAGCGGAGCUCUAGCUUCCCAUACACCGCCAAGGGCUCUGGCCUGGGCUCUCCAACCAGCUCCUUCAAUAGCACGGUGUUUGGACCCUCAUCUCUGAAUUCCCUGCGCCAGUCUCCCAUGCAGACCAUCCAAGAGAACAAGCCAGCUACCUUCUCUUCCAUGUCACACUAUGGCAACCAGACACUCCAGGACCUGCUCACUUCAGACUCACUCAGCCACAGCGAUGUCAUGAUGACCCAGUCAGACCCCUUGAUGUCUCAGGCCAGCACCGCUGUGUCUGCCCAGAACUCCCGCCGGAACGUGAUGCUUCGAAAUGACCCAAUGAUGUCCUUUGCUGCCCAGCCUAACCAGGGGAGUUUGGUCAAUCAGAACUUGCUCCACCACCAGCACCAAACCCAGGGCGCUCUCGGUGGCAGCCGUGCCUUGUCGAAUUCUGUCAGCAACAUGGGCUUGAGCGACUCCAGCAGCCUUGGGUCAGUCAAACACCAGCAACAAUCUCCUGUCAGCCAGUCUAUGCAAACCCUCUCAGACUCUCUCUCAGGCUCCUCCUUGUACUCAGCUAGUGCAAACCUUCCCGUCGUGGGCCACGAGAAGUUCCCCAGCGACUUGGACCUGGACAUGUUCAAUGGGAGCUUGGAGUGCGACAUGGAGUCCAUUAUCCGUAGUGAACUCAUGGAUGCCGAUGGGUUGGAUUUUAAUUUUGAUUCCCUCAUCUCCACACAGAAUGUUGUUGGUUUGAACGUGGGGAACUUCACUGGUGCUAAGCAGGCCUCAUCUCAGAGCUGGGUGCCAGGCUGAAGGAUCACUGAGGAAAGGGGAAGUGGGCAAAGCAGACCCUCAAACUGACACAAGACCUACAGAGAAAACCCUUUGCCAAAUCUGCUCUCAGCAAGUGGACAGUGAUACCGUUUACAGCUUAACACCUUUGUGAAUCCCGCACCAUUUUCCUAACCCAGCAGAGACUGUUAAUGGCCCCUUACCCCGGGUGAAGCACUUACUCUUGGAACAGAACUCUCUAUAUAUAAAGUAUGCAAAAUCUUCCUUGUACGGGGUGAUGAGCCACCUGCCAGCAAAGGACAGCAUCCUGUCAGCACCACCCACCCUCGUUCAGAGCACACCGUGAGCUCCUGUUGGCAAUUCUGUGGUGUAUUCAUAUCACGAUGGUUUAUGGGAUGUUUUAAGUGUUGUUUUUGUGUUUGUUUUCCUUUGACUUUCUGAGUUUUUCACAUGCAUUAACUUGCAGUAUUUUUAUGUUAAAAUGUUAAUCAUCCUUCCCCUGGCGAAUUUAAAACCAGAAGGAAAAUGUUGUACCAAUUACUGUUCUGGCUUUGGUCAUCACAAGCAUUUGAUCCCUUGGAACUCCAUAAACUAACAAAUUACAUAAACCAGAGGGGGAUUUUCUUUCUUCUUUUGUUUGGUAGAAAACUAUCCUUUUCUAAAAACAAACGAUGGCACAACUGUUUGCUGUGCACACCAGUUCAGGACUGAAUCCUGCACAGGCAAAACGAGUGGAGUGUGGCACUCGACCCAGUGUGUUUUAGUUCUGAGUCAGGUGCUCAGGGGGUGAGACCCCCAGCACCUAGUCUGCAGUUGCCAGGUCAGUGGGUCUCUUGGUCUCCUGGCAUGAUCCUCAGCUAAUGCAGUGAACAGUGAUGGUAUGUGGGUUAGAAAUUAGGAUGUUUUCAAGAAUGAAAUCAGCUCAGCUGCCCACUCGUUCCCAAAUACCACUAGAGGAUUUAGUUUUAAGGAGAAAA